GCGAGCGUGCUUCAGUAGUCAGCACGAAGUAGCGUCACGGCAUUCACGGUAAGGCGAGGGUCGACUGGCAGUGUGUGUUUUGCACGUCGUAGUGGUACGCGACGACGUCAGGCAUGGCCAGCGUCUUGGCGUUCUGUCUGCUGCUCGUCGCACUGGUGAACCCGGGUUGUUCCACGCGUCGCACACUACGGUCGUGGGUGAAUCCGGGCUGCGACGAGUACUGCCAGCGACAGAACGUGACGACGCUCUACCUCAGAGCCGAUGGCGCGAACGACACGCUGCAUUACUUAUGGGACUUCGCCAUCGGCAGGCCGUCCGUGCUGCUGGCGCUCACGUCGUCGUCCGCUUGGCUCAACAUCACUUGGCCGGAUUAUCUCGACAAGCAGGAGAACUCGAUCCACUUCUCGGAGCCGCCCGUCUACGUCUUCGGGGUGAUAGUGAAUAAGAUUAUCGAAUUCAACGACGUAAAUGACACGGCACUGAUUGACACUGCCGACGUCGCCAGUACAAACGUAUUGCGUCCAGAGUAUUUCUACUGGCGGCUUGUGUCCAUGUCGAAAACUGACGAGUUUGUCUACCUGGAUAUGGAGGGUAACUCUUAUAACGAUACAGCUAAGAAUAUCAGCAGAUACGGGAGUAUAAAGCUUUCGCUGCGAGGAUUCUGCACCGUCGACCACUCGGACAUAGUGCCGCAUAUGUUGCACACGGAGAAUUCGACGCAAGUGGACAUCAUUCUUGAUGACAUACAGACUAACGCGAGCUUCUCCAGGAGCAGGUUCGCGAUUGAGUUGCUCGUGGUCGGCGGCGGUGAUCCUGAGAUACCGAUGUUCGUCGAUCCGAAAAAGAGUCUGGACGACGAGCACACUCCGGGUAUAUUUGAGGUGGUCGAAGUCAGAACGCCGCCUUACAAGGACUUGGACAUCGCGCUGAAUGCCGGAGCGUAUUUGCAGUGGCGUCCGGUUUCGUACAAUACCGGCUCGCGUGAGGUAACCAGUUCCACGGAGACAAUGCAGUAUCCUCCGAAGAAGGUGUCGAAUCGUACGAACGCCAUCGACAAUUCCAUGCUCUACUGUUACUACGGAAAAGACACAGACGCUCUCCUUCUACAGAAAGUCACGGUUUCCUUCGGCUCGAAGGGAGACGGUUUCUACAGGAAGACGAGUUACUCGACAUGGACCUUCAUUAUCGGAUACGGCACACCACCCGAGGAGAGAUUCUCCAAUCUAGUGAUUAUGAUAAUCUCAAUCGGCCUCGGGCUUCCUUUGCUCAUCAUGGUCAUCGUCGGCCUGUACCUUUGCAUUCGGAGAAUGCCGAAGCGACAAGGCGACGUUUACCUAAGUCAAUGAAAGUGAUCGCAUCGGGGCGACCAACGAAUCGCCGGUCGUCAGCUUCGCUCGCUGACGAUGUUCACGCGAGUCGCGCUCGAGCCGUGUGGUUUGCUUGUGUGUCGUGUGUACGUUUAGGUACACAGGGUACACCGUACCACCGUUUGUUCUAUACAAAGAGAUAUUCCUAUAUUUAUGUACGACACAUAUAUUUUUACACGAACUGUUUAGCUCGGAUCUGAUAUUGCAGUGUGAUAUUAAGCGCGAGUGUUGGAGUCGGUUCUCCCGCGGCGUACUCGGCGCUCGCGCUUGCGACUCCUCGUCUCAUUAGUAGCCUUAGAUAAUAACACGUGUACCAUGCAGAGAGAGAGAGAGAGAGAGAGAGAGAGAGAGCGCGAAUUCACGUGUUUCUGUUUGCAUUUGCGCACGAACGAGGGAUGCGUCGUGCUCGGCGCCGGGUACGCUCGUCGUCGUCGGGGAGACUGCGUCGGCGGAGAAGUGCGAUUGAUUUAUACAAUUAGAGGAGAGAAUCGAACUUUUCUAGGCGAUUUGUGAUCGAACGACGUGCACGAUUUAUGGAAAAUAUAUCUUACUCCAAGUUGUACACCAA